AUGUCUUUUUUUAGGAAAAAAGAGCCAAUCGGUGACUCAAAGGCUGGAGCACUUCUUAGUGACAUUAAAAAUCUAGCUGAAAAGAAAAAGGAAGCCUAAUAAAAGAAAGAAAUGGCAAAGUUUGCACGAUAAACAGAACAAUUCAAUGAAGAUUAUGAUAUCUAUAAACGGGAGUAUGAAAUUCAAGAAGCAGAAAGACAAAUUUAACUGAGAGAGAGUUAGAGAGCUGAAAAAAAUAGGCAAAGAUGUCUCAAACUUAUUCUAAUUAUUCCAAAUUAAAGCAGAUUCAAGCCUUUUUGGGAUUUUAUCCUAUUUCUUGCAUGUAUUGGAGAGAUAUUGCUUGUUCCCUAUACGUCUCUUUUUGUGGUAGAUUUAAUAGCUUCCAUUCCGACUUUGGUUUCAUACUAAAACGAGAACAUUUACUUUUUAAAAUGUUUCAGAAUAUUCUACUUUUCAUAUAUGCUGCAAAUUUAGAAAUCUUUGACAUUUCGAGUGGCUGACAUUCUUGCUUUCAAUCGUUAAACAUUCCUAACAAUAGAAUAUUUCUCAAGUUUUUCGAUUUCGCUUAUUUUUAUGGUUCAUUUACUCUCUUGCUUGUGGAUUUUAAUUGGUAAAUUCUUAAUCAUUAAUGUUAAUGAAGGUCAAUCUGUAUAAAACAGUUGGAUACUGGCUACUGAAUACAUAGAUAAGCCAUCAGAGGAUGUUUAUAUUACAGCACUAUAUUGGGUCAUCACAACUCUUACUACUGUAGGAUAUGGAGAUAUCAAAGGUUUGACCUACUAAGAAUAUUUAUUUACAAUGGCUGUUGAGUUUAUCGGUAUUGCUAUGUUUGCCUUGAUCAUGGGCAGCAUUAACAGAAUUUUAAAUGAAGGAGAUGGUGCAUUAGAUAUCAUAGACGAUAAGAUUAAAGAGGUAGAUUUGUGGUUGCUAAAAUUAGAUAAUACCAGAUCUGACAAAUCUAUACCUAGGCCACUUUAUGAUAAAAUCAAAGAAUUUAUUGCAAGUUCACUUAGAAGAGACUUUGAUAUGUUAAUAGAGGGCUAUGAUUUCUUUGAUUAACUCAAGCCGUAGCUUAGAUAUCGUGUAGUCGAAGAUGUAUUUUUUGAGUUUAAAUAAAGAUUCAACUACUUCUUUUAUGAAGGCGACGCCAAUUUUAGAGCUUCAAAAGAAUUCGUGAGCUACUUUAUUUGCAACUUAUACUGCAGAAUAUAUGUUCCCAAUCAAAUCAUAAUCAGAAAGCAUGAUAGAUUUGCUGAGAUGUACCUGAUCGAGUCAGGCAAUGUUAUGUUGAGCCUAAAGACAAAAUGGUAGAAUGAGUACUUCAAACUACCCAGUUAAACAUACUUCGGAGAUUACCAAAUCCUUUUAAAUUAUAUUUCAAAAGAAUGCUACACCUCUGGUCAUAAGGAGACUAGAAUGAUGUGUAUUAGAAAGAAAACAUUAAUUGAGCUUCUUGAAAAAUUUCCACUUAUAUAUGAUUUCUACGUCGAGAGAGCAAAGAAAAGAAGAGUAGAGUUUAGAAGAAUCAAAGCAAUAUAUCUUGAGGAGCACAAUCUUAAUAGUGAAUCUGAAGAUGAAGACAGGUAACUUAAGACUAGAUCUUCAGUUGAAAUUGCUAGUCCAAAAGACCCCUUACCUUUGAUUGCUUAAAACAAUGGCAAAAAUGCUGCAAUCCCAGACUUCCUGCUUGACACAGAAUAUUAUUUCAAAAGAGACACUCUGCAAAGAUCUGAAGUCCUAUUAGAGCAAGAAGAUGAAAACGAGGCUAUCAGUAAGAAACUUAAUAAAGAGUAGUAAGAGGAGGAAGACAGAUUUAAGUAGGAUAAGACCUCAAUCAUGAUCACCAAAAUUGAAUGUUAAAUUGACGAUACUAAUAAAGCCCUUUUAAAGAUGAAGCAACUUCUUGGGAAAAACUCAGAGAUAACAUCGGAAUAUUUUGAUAAAGUAAUUAGAGGAGCCCCAGAUUCCGUAAGGCCAAAUAUCGAGCAACUCUCAAAAAUCAUUGCCAAAAUGCAAAUAAUAUUGAAUAAACCUUAAUGA